UGUAUGAUGAGCUCGCUGAGUGAGGGGAAUGUCUCUCUGAUCGUGUCCUGGGCUCACGGCAGUCAGUCGACUCGCUCGCCAGGCAUCCUGCGGGCGAGUUCCGCUUGUCAAAGGCCGAGGUUUUGGCGCAGAUCGUGAGUGCCUCCAUUCCAAGUUACAACACAAUUUUACGCAGGAACAGAAAACGAUCCUAUUUUCUGGUGCGCUCGGCCGGUACACAUCUUCGCUCACCACUAACCCUGAUAGGCUUGGAAACGACAUCAGUGACGCUGAGUGCAAGUAAUUUCCGGCGCUAUCCACCCUAGACUUAUCCGGGAUUCCAGUGGCUCCUCGUCGAAUUGGCUCGGAAUACAGCAGUACAGAACAGGCUGCGCUCUGAGCUGGGGACGCUCCGCGGGAAACUUGACCCAGAGACGCUAUCGAGCCUGCCCUACCUCCAAUCGGUGGUGAGCGAGGGCCUGCGCUUCCACCCUCCCAUAACCGAAACGGUCCGCGUGG